AUGGAGGGCCUUGAAAGCAAUAAGCGGCAAAAUCACUCAAUCGAUGUGGGACAAUUAGAAGAGGGUGGGAAAAAGCAUAAGAAGCAUAAGAAGCACCACCAUUCAGAUGACUCUCCGCCAGAACCUUCUCAAAAAAUCUCUAACCUCCUCAGAGCGCUGGAUGCCGCAUUGGAGGAGGAUGCAACUCCAAGUUCGAUUGGGGACGAAGCAUUAAAUCGCUGUCUCGAACUUCAGACAAUUCUACGGGCUCCCAAAUCACCCCCUAAGCAGCAAGAUGGACCCAACAUCCCCAAAACCCUGACACCCGCUUCUAUUACUUCUUGGAAGCAUUCUGAACUCCCAAGUGACCUUCCACCGCUUCCCGCAGUCCUGGAUAAGACCCUGGAAGAAGCAGCUUUCACCCACACCAAUGCCGGGGCUGGCAGGAUCACGGAUAUCACGUACGAGCGCCUAGAAUGGAUCGGUGACAGCUAUAUGGAGAUCAUUGCCGCUCUCCUAAUUGGCCAAACGUUCCCUCACCAUACCCCCGGUAAGUUAUCACAACUACGAGAACGCUGCGUCAGGAAUCUCACACUAUCGGAAUACGCAACGGCCUACAGCUUCGACAAGCGUGCAAACCUAGGUGCAAAUUUUAAGCCCUCUGCCAAAGAUAUGAUUAAGAUUCUGGGAGAUAUGUUUGAAGCCUACGUUGCUGCUAUCGUACUAUCGGAUCCGGAAAAUGGAUUGCCCAGAGCAGCGGAAUGGCUAAAGAGUCUCUGGGGAAGGACGCUGGCAAAAGAGAUACGAGAAGAAGAGACGAAAGGUAUCGAGAUUCAAAAUCCAAUGUGGAAGUUAGUGGGAGCAGCGAGGGACAUGAUAACCCAACAGAAGGCUCCUCUACCUCCCAAGGAUCAGUUGCAGAAAGCUUUAGGGGCAAGAGGCAUCAAGAUUGAUUACAGGGACAUGGGACCGCCGGGAAAAGACCGUACGAAUAGCCUACCCCUUUUCACUGUCGGUGUUUACUUGACGGGUUGGAAAGAGAGAGACAAGCUGCUUGGUCGUGGUUCUGCUAAUGGAAAGAAAGAGGCUGGGACCAAAGCUGCUGAGCAGGCAUUGAACAAUAAGAAAAUGAUGGCUAUCUAUGUGGAACGCAAGAGGAUGCAGGAAGAACAGGAUCGGCUGGACAAGGAGGCCGUGGAACAAGCAAAGGCUCUAAGUAAGACUUGA